UCAUUUUGGCACAUGGCAGUGUCACGUUGCAUCUAGAAAAUGAUCUCCGCCUUGCUGAAACAGGCUGCCAACCACGGUAACGCAGCAUAGAUGACUAACCGGAUUCUGAGCUCUCCUGGUAGCUCCCGACAAGAUUCAAACCCACAAAUCCACAUGUGCGCCCUGGAUAUUUGUCCUCAGCAAAACAGGCUCUAUAAGUAUUUCUCGCACUAUCGCUUCAGAACGACAGGAACAACGACAAAUCCACCAACUUCGAUCAUGGCGCCAGAAUCACUCCUGGAUGAAUUUAUUCAGCUGGAAUGGGUUGCCAUGCAUCCCAUAGACCCAUCGACGCCCGAAAGUGUGCUGCCACGCAUUUUUAAGAAAUUAGGACCCGUCAAAGAACAGCAGCGCUCGCCUCCUGGGGAACUGCGCGAUCCAGCACAGCAAUCGGCAAAAUCACGUCAAACACCAAAAGCUCAAAAUUGCAAAGACCUUAUCACAGCCCUUCCAGCCGAGCUCCUGGAGCAAAUUCUUUUGAACGUCGACAUGUACACCGUCCUCCUCUCAGCCCAAAGUGUCUCAAGAUUUUUCCGCGCCACGAUUCAGAAUUCAAAACUACUAAGACGACACCUCUGGCUCGAACCCCGAGAAGAAUGCGAAAAGCCCACAACAAUCCGCGGCUGCCACAAACACAAAAUCUACGAAACCAAAGCGCCCUUACCCCCUCACGGAUUUUGCCAAAUGCUCAACUACCCAAGCGUCCGAAUAAACCCCCUCCUCCAUAAAUUCCUAAUCGAAAAACGACCCGGCUUCGAAAACUCCACAACCUCCUCAUCCCCCAUGCGAAAACUCAAGUCCUUAACUAAAGACCGCCAUAACCGAGAAACCGAAGGCAAUGAACCUUCCAACAAACCUCUACACAUCCCGAUAAAAGACCUGCACAUCGUCUUCUCAACCGUAAAACAAAUCUCAGAAAUGCUCGAAAAUGCAGACGCGAAUCCAAUUCCACAGAUAUGGCCGGAUUUGCAGCUUUUGACCCCGAAUCCUUUCAGAGAGGUGGAGGCGAAGAUUGGGUAUACGGCUUUUGAGAAGAUGGAGUGUUCUUGGAAUACGGAGGAGGGGAGGCUUGUGGGAUGUGAGGAGGAGGACAAGUGGAUAAGGAGAGUGCAUUAUAUUAAUGCCGGGAGAUUUGAGGGGGUGGUUACGUUGAGGAAAUUGAUUGAGAGGGUGAAGGAGAGGCAUAGGGAUAUUUAUAUGCAGAUUUGAGUUGAGGGAGGAUGUGAUGUGGUUUGGAGAGCUUUGUUAUACAUACACCCACCAAGUAGUAGCAUCCGCAUUAAAAACUUCCACCUCC